AUCUCGUUUUUCAAUUUUUUUAUUUAAAUUAUUUUUGUUGGUUUGGAUUUGAUCAUCAGAAAAAAGGGUCCAUCAGAUCAGAUCUUUGACGCAGAUUUUCUACGAUUUGUUAAUGUUCACAAAGUUAAUAAAUCGGUUACUAAGAAAAAGGAAAAGUUAAGUGCGACUUAAGGACUCUUACAUUUUCAUACCUUAGUCAUUUUGAGACUUGGCAAUCAAAGGUUUUGAUAAGUUUUCUGUGUGCAUAUUGUGAAAUUUGUUUUAAACUUGAUGUUUAAUCAAAUAUGACUGUAACCAAUUUGGGAACAAUGCAUCGUCCUUGUUUUAGUGGAUAUGCUUUUCAAGGUGAUAUGUCUGCAGGUCAAGGAAGAUUAAAUCAAUUAGGAGGAAUGUUCAUCAAUGGGCGACCAUUGCCGAAUAGCAUAAGACUAAGAAUUGUCGAAAUGGCUGCUUCUGGUAUACGGCCGUGUGUGAUUUCGAGACAACUGCGUGUUAGUCAUGGAUGCGUCUCGAAAAUUUUGAACAGAUAUCAGGAAACCGGAUCAAUUAGACCAGGCGUAAUUGGCGGUUCCAAGCCUCGUGUGGCAACACCGGAAGUAGAGUCACGCAUUGAGGAAUACAAGCGCGAAAAUCCAGGUAUAUUUUCAUGGGAAAUUCGCGAUCGUCUAGUCAAAGAGGGCAUUUGUGAUCGUUCGUCUGCUCCAUCGGUUUCAGCAAUUUCAAGAUUAUUACGUGGCCGUGAUGGUGAUGACGACAAAAAGUCUGAUUCAUUGAAAAACGAAUCCGAUGGCGAACUCUCCGACUGCGACAGUGAACCUGGCAUUGCAUUGAAACGGAAACAGCGGCGUUCGCGUACAACCUUUACAGCCGUUCAGCUGGACGAACUGGAGCGUGCCUUUGAGCGGACACAGUAUCCGGACAUUUACACGCGUGAAGAAUUGGCUCAGCGAACCAAACUAACCGAGGCUAGAAUUCAAGUUUGGUUCAGUAAUCGAAGAGCACGACUGCGAAAACAACAAAACUCCGGACCGAAUUCGAUGUACAAUGGUGCGGUUCAGUAUCCCAUAAAUGGGCCGCCCAAUUACUCUGUAAUGGGUCAACCAAUGUCUGAACCAUCCAACUAUUCACCGCAACCCCAUCAAAUUCACGACUUCUAUCCAUCGCAUAUACAUCAAAGCCAUAUUCCGACAUCGCAUGGUCACACAACUCCACCCCAUCAGAUUCACAAUCCGACACCCAGUUACCCAAAUCACUCCAGCAUGACAAGUUUGAAUUCAUCAUCACCAUACCAUUUGACGAAUACCAUACCAUCCACAAUUGCUACUGAAUCGCAUCAGUUGAUUGGUCGCGGAGACAGUCCUACUGAUCAUUACACAAGUCCCAUUCAACUACCACCAACGCCAACCAGUCUGAUAACCAUUGCCGGUCCGAAUAGUGGAAACAGUAAUAGCAACGACGGAUGCACACCAGCCGAGGAAAAUGUCUCGAUGCCGAGUCAUUUGUCGCACACCAACAACAAUCUGUAUUCACCGUGGAACAACUCAUCAAGUCGACCAUUACAACCGAUUUCACCUUCGGAUGUGCAAUCAGCACCCAACAAUCAAUUGCAUCACAUUACUUCUGGUUUGUUACAUCAUCAACCCACGUAUGUGCAGCAAAAUUUGGCACCGUUUCCAACACACGCACCGACAAAGAAUUUCAUGCCUCAACAGUACUACUGGCCCUACUAGAAAAUCCGAUUUAACGCACGAUCAAUCUGGAUGAAGAUGAAGAAUACCAUCAUCUGUUUUCGGCACCGACGACACCAAUAGAGUGAGCAGCUCUGGUGAUUGUGGUUCUAUAUAGCAAAAUGCACGUUGAAACGAAUGAAGUAACAGAUUUUGUAUCAACAGAUCAAACGAGCUACAAGAUUCGACACGAUUAUAAAUACUAGUGAUAUGCUUGCCGUCCGUGAAAUGUUAAUGAUGACUUUCCGACGGAUAAUGUCGAAUGAAGUGUUAUACGAUGAUAGAAUACCGUUCUGUGAAUGAUAACCGUUUGGAACAAAAAUUUUUGUUUCAUUUUUAUUUUCACUCAAUGAAACUGUUAUUUGUAAUGGGAGACUAUGUAAAUUGUAUAAGAAUUUCCUACUAAGUGAUUUCUCCAUCAGUUUUAAUUUUAAUUAAGUGAUUUUCGUCCAGUUUUUAGAUUCUAAGA